AAAUGCAGCUCCUGAUAACUACAACCAUUUUUAACUGUAAAAAUGAAAUCAACAUAUAGUAGCAGUGUACAUAAAUAAUAAAUGUACUCAAAACAUAGAAAGAGAUAUAAGUUAUCAAAUUAAGCGUCUGAACAUCUGCAACAGCUUCUAUUAAAAAACAGAAAAGAAAAAAAGAAACAUCUGCAACAGCUUCUUCUAACUACAUUACUACAGCUGUUACGUAAGCCUAAUCCUCAGCAUUGUUCAAGAACUUGUUGGAGAUCUAAUUCCCACGAAAUCCCAAAAAUCAAACUACAGUUCCAAGUGCUAAGCUUAUGUAAACUCCUUUUUCCAUAAACCCAUCAUCACCAUGAUCUUCCAUAGCUUCAUUUGUUGUAGUAAUUAUAAUAGAUAUUCCACUAACGGAAAAAAUUAUUCUGAAAAAUCGUUUGUUUAUUUUAUUUGAAUUGUUUUUUUUUACUUUAAAAAAGAAUAAUGAUUAAAAUUAUUCAAUUUAAAAAUACUAUUUAGAUAUUUACGAAUUAGUGUAUUUAAAUGGCAAUAAUUAUUUACAAAUAUUACUCUAUUAAAUUACACUUAGUUGUAUUAUUGAGAUCUCUGCGAGAGAGACUGCGAGAUUUGCCAUGGCUAUGGCGAUUAGGGUUUCUCUACUGUUUUGUAUCCUGUUUUUAUUUCACGCGAAGCCAAGCUUUUCGCUUUUCGGAGAUGAAGUUGGUCUCGCGGACUGGCACCAACAAUACAUAGGGAAGGUGAAAGAUGCAGUGUUCCACACUCAGAAAGCUGGGCGAAAGCGUGUUGUUGUAUCGACCGAGGAGAAUGUUGUUGCUUCUCUUGAUCUUCGACAUGGAGAGAUUUUCUGGAGACACGUACUUGGCAACAAUGAUGUUGUGGAUGCAAUAGAUAUUGCUCUGGGAAAAUAUGUCAUAACCCUCUCAUCUAGCGGAGGUAUCUUAAGAGCAUGGAAUCUUCCCGAUGGUCAAAUGGUUUGGGAGUCUUCUCUACAGGGUUGUUCAAAGUCCUCAAAGUCAAUAUUAUCCAUUCCCAAAAAUUUGAAAGUCGAUAAAGAUAAUUUGAUCCACGUUUUUGGUAAUGGGUGUCUUCAUGGUGUUUCUGGUAUAGAUGGCGAGAUUGUUUGGAAAAAGAGCUUUGAAUCAGAAAGUAUUGAGGUCCAACAGAUUAUCCAUCCUUCGGAUAGUGAGGUAAUAUAUGCGAUAGGUUUUGUUGGCUCUUCCCAUUUUGAGGUUUUUGCAAUAAAUGCAAGGAACGGAGACUUGCUUAAUAAAUAUGAUGCUGCCUUUCCUGGUAAUUUUUCAGGGGAGAUGUUAUUGGUUUCUGAUGACCUGGUUGUGGCAUUGGAUGCCACUAAAUCAAAGAUAGUGACAAUAAAAUUUCAGGAUGGUAUCAAAUUUGAGCAAACAUAUUUGCUAUCUGAUCUUAUUGGCGAUUCAUCUGGGACAUCAGUGUUGUUGCCCUUAAAGCUUCAAGGAAUGUUUGCUUUAGAAAUCAAUGGAUUUAAAAUAUUCAUUAGAAUAACUGGUGAAGGAAAUCUGGAGGUUGUGGAUAAAGUCAAUAAUGCAACAGUUAUUAGUGAUCCUCUCUUACUUUCAGAGGGAGAAAAAGCUUUUGCAAUAGUUCAGCAUGAUGAUGAUGGCAAGAUUCAUCUUACAGUGAAGCUUGUCCAUGAUUGGAAUAAGGAAUUGCAUAAGGAAAGUAUAGUGAUGGAUCAUGGAAGAGGGUUUAUCCAUAGGGUGUUUAUAAACAAUUAUAUCCGCACAGACAGGUCUAAUGGAUUCAGGGCAUUGGUUGUCAUGGAAGAUCAUUCACUCUUGCUGUUACAACAAGGAGCAAUUGUCUGGAGUAGGGAGGAUGGUCUUGCCUCAAUUGUAGGUGUAGUAACAUCAGAACUACCUGUGGAAAAAGAGGAAGGUGUAUCAGUUUCAAAAGUGGAGGAUAACUUCUUUGAAUGGCUUAAGGGUCACAUGUUGAAGCUUAAGGGAACUUUGAUGCUUGCAAGCCCGGAGGAUGUUGUAGUAAUCCAAGGGAUGAGGGUAAAGAAUUCUGAGAAGAGCAAAAUGACCCGAGAUCACAAUGGUUUUCGGAAGCUGCUUAUAGUUCUAACUCGAUCAGGAAAGUUGUUUGCCUUGCACACCGGAGAUGGACGAGUUGUUUGGUCUCUUUUACUGCCUUCAUUGCGUAAUUCAGCGUGUGGUCUUAGUAUUUACCAAUGGCAGGUACCCCAUCAUCAUGCAUUGGAUGAAAAUCCAUCUGUGCUCAUAGUAGGCCAGUGUGGACAAAGUAACGAUGCACCAGGUGUUCUUUCUUUCGUUGAUACUUACACCGGGAAGGAAAUAAGUUCAUCGAGUCCUGCUCAUUCUGUUUCACAAGUUCUUCCACUGCCAUUCACUGAUGCAACCGAACAACGUCUUCAUCUACUGAUAGAUCAGGACCAACGGGCAUAUCUAUACCCCAGAACACCUGAGGCUGUUACUAUUUUUCAACGUGAAUUUUCAAACAUAUACUGGCACUCAGUUGAUUCUGAUAAAGGCAUCAUUAAGGGUCAUGCUUUGAAGAGAAAUUCAAACCAUGAUGAUGAUGACGAGUACUGCUUCCACUCUAGAGACGUAUGGUCAAUUGUGUUUCCAUCUGACUCAGAAAAGAUCAUUGCAACUGUGACAAGAAAAUUGAACGAGGAGGUGGUCCAUACUCAGGCAAAGAUUAUACCAGAUCAUGAUGAUGAUGUAAUGUACAAGUACAUCUCAAAAAAUUUGAUGUUUGUUGCCACUGUUACGCCAAAAUCUAGUGGUGAAAUUGGAACAGCUACCCCGGAUGAGUCUUCGUUGGUUGUUUAUCUUAUUGAUACAAUAUCUGGUCGCAUAUUGCACAGAAUGACUCAUCAUGGUUCUCAGGGUCCUGUCCAUGCAGUUUUCAGUGAGAACUGGGUUGUCUAUCACUACUUCAAUUUAAGGGCACACAGAUAUCAAAUGUCAGUAAUUGAGAUAUACGACCAGUCUCGAUCGGCCAAUAAGGAUUUAUGGAAGCUUGUUCUUGGACACCAUAAUCUCACAUCUCCAAUAUCUUCCUACUCAAGAACUGAGGUUGUGACCAAAUCACAGUCUUACUUUUUCACUCAUUCUGUUAAAGCUAUUUCAGUUACAUCAACAGCUAAGGGAGUAACAUCAAAGCAGCUUCUUAUUGGUACUAUUGUAGAUCAGGUUUUGGCACUUGAUAAACGUUUUCUAGAUCCCCGUCGAUCGGCCAAUCCUUCACAAGCUGAGCGCGAACAAGGCCUUGUUCCGUUGACAGAUUCGUUGCCUAUCAAUCCUCAGUCUUAUGUAACACAUUCCCUUAAAGUAGAAGGACUUCGAGGCAUAGUUACUGUCCCUGCAAGGUUGGAAUCAACAACACUUGUUUUCGCAUAUGGAAUUGAUCUCUUUUACACGCGAAUCGCACCUUCCAGGACCUAUGAUUCGCUCACUGAAGAUUUUAGUUAUGCUUUGCUCCUCAUCACUAUCGUCGGACUAGUAGCUGCCAUCUUUGUUACAUGGAUCUUGUCUGAGAAGAAAGAUCUACAAGAUAAGUGGAGGUGAUCUUUCCCUCUCCAAUAUUCUAACUUUUUCUUUUCUUUAGGCUGCGUUUGAUUUUUUGUUGAAUUUUUUAACGAGUUUCUGAAUAAUUAGAUUUAGCCUAUUGGUGGCAAUUUUUGUUAAAUUUUACACUUCAUAAUAAGGUUAGAUUUUGAUUAUUAUGCUGUAUACCUCUAAGUGCAAUUAAUGAUUGUUAAUCGGAA